AAUGCUUAACUAAAAGUAGAGAUUGUGAAAAGAUUUUGACAGGUUUUUCUGAGCACUUGGUGUCAAAAGAAAGCAAUUUAAAACAACGGUUGUGGAGACAUUUCUUCUUCUUUUUUAAUAAAUAUUUUUAUUAGGUUUUUGCAUACAUUCCAUGCGUCAUUUAACAUUCCUUCACAUCUUAUAUAAUCUUUUUGGACUUUCCUCAGCCACGUCUAAAGAUUUCCAAUCAUCCUAACUUCUUCUUGUACUCCAUAAUUCACUAUUACUUUAAAAAACAAUGACCAAUUUUACUUUCUUAUGUUCGGUUGUGGAGACAUUUCAUUCCCCAUCUGCUAGACAGAGCCAGACAGAGAAUGAUGACAGGUGGGUCUACCCCACCCGGCCAACAUAAAUCUUGGCUACGCCCAAAUUGGCCACAGCUACGGAACCAAAAAGCUGUGGGGUCCCUGCUCAUAAAAAUAAUCUAGGACCCCCCCUCCCAAGGUCUUUCUUGUGCUAUGCACUGUCAUUAUUAGUCAAUGGCCACACUGUGUUGCCCUUUACAAAUUAGGCAGAAGUCGAAGAGACCGGUGCAUUCCGAGUCCAUACUUCCCCCCCCUCCCCUCCCGGUUCUCUCCAACCCCCUUCCGUCGGGGGUGGGCUUCUUUUAACAGGUAUGAUGAUGUCAAAUGUGAUGCUGAUGCUCCAGUGACUUAAGCCUGCCUCUUUUGGCGCAGACUCCGUAAUCCUCCCGGUGGCUCCCAGGCAGCGCCGGGCUUCGCAGAAGUAGUGCAUCUCCUAACCGGGUCACAUUUCAGCGGGGAUCCAGCCGCCCUUCUCUCCCUCCGAGCCGGGAGAGAGAUCAGAGGAGGAAGAGGAAGAAGGAGACUCACUAAUCGCUUUGCGGCGAGCGAGGGAGCCACCGCCUCGCAGGCAAGAUGAGAGCCCCAGGCUGUUGUCUGGUGCCGCUGCUGCUGGCCCUCGCCUUGGCGGAAGGGGACGGCAAGGCGGGCAAAGAAGGCGACAAUCCCGGCAAUUUCAUGGAGGACGAGCAAUGGCUGUCUUCCAUCUCCCAGUACAGCGGCAAGAUCAAGCACUGGAACCGCUUCCGAGACGUGAGUCCGGAUGGAGAGCCCAUGCAUGAUUUAUUUUAUUUUAUUUUUUACCUCGUAGCAUACAAAUUCCUCCGCCCCUCUAGCAUCCAGGGCAACCCGGGAGUGGGGAAGGGAGGGAACCCGGGGGUGCAUGUGCAACGGAGCGAUUGGCAGCCUGCAACAAUUGCUGCUGCUGCCGCUGUCGAGGAUGUAGGUGCAGGCAUGGCGUGGAGGAGGCGGUGGCGGGUUGAGGCGGCUCCUCUUGCAGCGCCAACCCGCGUGCAGGUGGCGCGCCGGGAGCCGCCAAGAGCAAUCGCCAGUUGCAGCAGCAGCUGUACGCGGAGCAACCGUUGCAAAGGCUUGGGGGGCUCCCAGUGGCUGGUGCACUUGGAGCAGGAAAGCUGGGUGGGUAGGUGGGGAAUCUGCACCCGAUUCUUUGCACAGCGGCUGUCGAGCAAAAAAGCGGGGUUGCCUGGGAGAGCUGAAGUUGCACUGUAGGUCUCGAUUCUUUAUUUUAAAACGAUCGGGUUAGAGCAAGUGGGAUUUGGAUGCCCGGCUGUAGCUUUUGCAGCCUUGGGGUUUAAUUCCUGUUACGCGCACAAACACACACCCUCGAGUUUGCUUGGGCGCAGAGCCCCGUCGGAACUCCAGUUUCUUUCAGACGCGGCCAGGCGGAGACCCGCCCUUGCGAACUCCGACGAGCCUUGUGGCGGAGGAGCCGUUUGCUGCAAGGCACGCCAC